UUGAGAGACAAGCAAACAACAUGAAAUACAUCUGUGUUUUGCUGUGUGCCCUUCUGGCGGUCUGUGUAAGCGGGGGGACGUUUGAAGAUAUUCUCCCAAAGAAAGAGUGUCCUCCAGGCGAGUACUACAAGAAAUGCCCUGACUAUUACGAGCCAGACUGCGACAACCUAGAGAGGCACAGGCCCAUACUCGAGUUAAUAGAACAUUGCUUCCUCUCUCGGUGCUACUGUGAUGGUUUCACGGUGAGGGACCGAAGUACCGGGAAGUGUGUGCGAGAGGACAAGUGCCCGAAGAAACAGUAAUUUACUGCACGCCAAGCUCCAUGCAAGUUGUAGUUUUGCAGCCCGUCUGUAACAGCCCUUAAUUUUGAUAUGUAGAGUA